AUGGGAGCGUUUCGAGUGCGAGGCGAGCCUCGCCGUCGCGAUGCGGCGAGGAUCCUCGACGUCGUCGUCUCGCCUCGCGAGAUCGAGGGGCAGAUCGGAGGGGCGAUGCGAGAUUCUUCGGAAUCAGAUUGCGUGAAUCACGCCGCCUGCGUCGGAAAUCAAUGGAGAACCUGCCAGUGCCAAGACGAUGACGACGUCGUCUUCGUCGUGGAACGCGGACGGAAUCCAGGGAUAAUUCUGGGAAUCGUGGAGUAUUUAUGCUUCCCGACUCGAUGGGAUGAAGAUCACUUCGAAGGAUUCCCGAUGAUUGUGGAGGCAGUCAUCGCUUCAGGUCGUGCAGAUCCAGGUAAUGCAACGGUGUCAGGAGAAAUGUCACCCGUCUGGAAGAUUCCUCAUUUGCAGGCGUUGUCUCGUAGUCGUGUGAGUGCUCGGCUCUCGUGCGCACGAUCGACCAAGCACGGAACAUCCUCAAUGUCAACCUUCAGUCAGUACUUCAGCAGAGAUCUUCUUAAUGCAAGUCGAGCUGCUCGGGUGCCUGGAAUGCGGGUCAUCGAGAAUGUGGGUCAUGAAGAAUGUCAUGCCUUCCCACCAUUCAGUUCCAGUCAGAAGAGGUGCUCGUGGGCGUAUAUUGUCAACAUCAUAAAGAAGAUUGAGUGGAAAACGCAGUGUCAUAAGAAAAAACCAAAAGAGUGCGAGUGUAAUGAAGACUACAAGGAAGAAAAAGGCCGAUGCAUGCCAGAGAAUGGUGCAGGGUUGGACGACUCCUGCGAUCCAAGCUUGCAUAAUUGUUAUUCGGAACACGCUGAGUGCAUCGGCGAGCCCGGUUCUGCAACUUGCAAGUGCACGUUGGACUAUGUACGGGAUGAAGACCUCUGCAUGGAAUCCAGGACUGGGCGAACUGACGCUGCCCUCGCAAUUUGCACCCCGGAUAAUUCGGAAUGCGCUGGCGAUUCCGGUUCGGAAACAUGCCGAUGCAAGGAGGGUUUCACUGAAGAUGAUGGCAAAUGCCGGCUGCUAUACCUCGGUGAAUUGUGCAACGAGUGGCACGAGUUCGUAGCUCCGAAUUCGCAUUGCUUCCAAGAUGACGGUGGUCUCUCGACCUGUCAGUGCUUGCCGGACUACGUCCAGGAACAGGAUCGAUGCAGUGAGUUUUCUCAAGCCACAGAGGGAGUGAGACAAUUUUACAAUUCUGCCUUCUCUUCUUCAUCUCUGGCGAUCAUUUAUCGUAACAAGGCUGCACGGCUCUCUUAUUCCGGAGUCCAGCAUUCGCUGCCUCUUGCUGUUCAGCGGUCUCAGCGGCCCUACGCACAUCUGCUUGCUGUUCAUCACUGA